CUCUGACAGAACAGUCCAAACCCCCGAACUGCUACGUCUCGCUGAAAAUAUCUGCGUACCUAGAGGUGUCGGAUAGGAUUCUCCGCCUAUAAUAAGUCGGCUGCCAAGCGGGAAAAAAAUCUCUGUUUGUGGCGUGCGGAAGGAGUCGGAGGGAACCGAAAACUCAGGGUCUCGAAUUUCCUAGGAGCGGAGGCGAUGGCUGGGAAGGGAGGAAAAGGAUUGCUCGCCGCGAAGACGACGGCGGCCAAGUCGGCGGAGAAGGACAAGGGGAAGAAGGCCCCCAUCUCACGGUCCUCCCGCGCGGGCCUCCAGUUUCCUGUUGGACGAAUCCACCGUCAGCUGAAGCAAAGGACUCAGGCAAAUGGCCGCGUUGGUGCCACUGCAGCCGUCUACUCCGCCGCCAUCCUGGAGUACUUAACUGCCGAGGUUCUGGAGCUGGCUGGGAACGCUAGCAAGGAUCUGAAGGUGAAGCGUAUCACCCCUCGCCACCUACAGUUGGCCAUUCGCGGAGACGAGGAGCUGGAUACCCUCAUCAAGGGCACCAUCGCAGGUGGAGGCGUCAUCCCGCACAUCCACAAGUCCCUGAUCAACAAGUCCUCCAAGGAGUGAAGACUAGGGAAUGCACAUUGUUAGUUUAAACUGGACAUUUCUGUGUGCUCCUCUGGAGUCCUUGUCGUCGUGUAGGUUUUAGUUGAGCUGUCAGGUUGGAGUGACCCUUCUCCUGUGUAACGCUUGCCUGGUACUGCUUCAGUUAUUUGGACACUGUGUUUGUGUUGAGUUGUUAACUUCAAGGGUGCAAACCUGGAUAAUUAUUUAGUUAUUAUAUGACUAUCUGGUAUUCGGUUU